UAGCAUACCACCUCACGUUUGGCAGCGCUACUGGAGUUUGCCUAUUAUCAAGAGUCCCAAUAUGUUGGUGCGAUUGUUAAGGCCUCGGAUAUUUUUGGAUUUGAGAGUAGGCACUGGCCAACCUUUGGGUCGUCUCACAGUGCAAUUGCUAACAGAGGCUUGUCCCGAAAUAGUGACUCAAUUUGUAUGCACCUGUUGGUCUCACCAGGGGGAGAAUUUCAAAUUCACGCGCCUGCAAACCCAUGUGUGGCUGGAAGGUGAAUUGCAUUUGAGCGACAAGAAUGCCGUGACGCAACCCAACAACUUAGAGCACGAUCCAAUGGCCCUCAAUCAUGGCACGGCCGGUGGUAUUCUUUCCUUUCCCAGUCGUUAUUUGCGUGGCAGUAAAUUUCGCUUUAUCAGUUUCGCCAUCAGUUUCCAGCCCAUCGAUGUGUUGAAUGGCAAGCGUAUAGCCUUUGGUAAAAUUCGACAUGGCCAGCAUGUGUUGGAGCAAUUGCAGAAUUUCAAAUUGGCCCAUAAUGGAAAACCUGUGAAUGAAGUUAUCGUAGUAUCCUGUGGUGUUCUGUGAGGCAUAUAGCAUGACAGCUGGAAUAGGUGGAAGAGGCGGGGAGGGAAUAUGUUUUUCUUCUUUGGUUUGCAUGUUGUCUGUAUUUAAUUUUUUUAAUAUUAUGGAGGAGGGAAAAUUUGUUUGGUAAAUGUUAAAUUAAUGAAAAAUAAGUAAAGGUUUACUAAAUUUGUCCGGGCCGAAUCUUAUAUACCCUCCACCAUGGAUUGCAUUUGUCGAGUUCUUUUCCCGGCAUCUCUGCUUAGGCAAAAAAAAGGAUAAAAUAAAAGAUUUGCUCUGCUAUUAGAGCGAUAUCAA